CUUACACAGAAGGAGUUGAUGAUGUCUUUGUCUCUGAUACUGGCUCUUCUGAUCAUCAAUAAUGAACCAGGAACUGAUGCUUUCGCUUCAGUGUUUGUGCGGACGGGUGGCGAUGUUUUUCUCAACGUCUCAGAAGUGGAGGUUCCCAAAAACUAUCAUCUCCUUUUAUGGAAAUUUGCCACAGAUGAUGUGCUGGUGUCUUUCUUCCCACAUGGAAAAUCAAACCUGGGUAAUUUUUAUGGUACGAGAAUAGACCUUUUGGAAAAGAGAUUCUCCAUAAAACUAAAAAACCUCCAAAAAUCUGACAGUGGACUUUAUACGGCGGUAGUAAUAGCAGCUUCAGAAAAAGUACUAACUGGAUACAACGUCACAGUUCAAGAUCCGGUGGGUCCGGUCGAUCUGACCGUUGACUCCGUGUCCGGCGACUCUUCCUCCUGUAACGUCACAGCGACCUGCACCGCCGACGGCACCGACAUCAGCAGCACUUUCAGACCUACCAUCAAAACCUGCCUUCAAGAGGGGGGAGAGGGAUCAAAGGUCACCAAAUCUGGUGCUUCCCUCAAGGUCUUCCUGUCCGGUUCAUCCAUCGUCUGUAACCAUAGCAACCAGGUCAAUGCAGACGAACUCCUUGGAUUUUCCAUUUGUUACGUGAAGAAAGUGGUUUUCUCAGUGGGUCUGAUUGUCAUGGUGUUGGUCGUCAUCGCCGUCCACCUCAUGGAGAAAUUCAACAAACACAAAUGACCGGUUACAUGAAUAAAAAAUAUGACUUUUUCUGAUAUAUUUUCUAAAUCACUUGUGAAUUUUUUAUAUAUUAUUCCUUCUUUGUAACAAUUAUAACACAAUUUUUUGGCAUUUCUUUCUUUUUCUCGUCUGAUCUCACUGUUAUGAUUUGUU